AUGGGCGUACCCAAAUCAGGCUCUUACCUCAAGAAGCUCAGCAACAACAAGGAAGGCAUGGAACAAGCUCAUCAAUACGGUCGCUCCAAGGGUCUUCUCCUCUACUGGGCGCGCGAACUCGCCUCCCGCGUCUCCGCCACCGACAAACUUGCCCGCAAAGUCACCAUCAACAGCGCUGAUCCGGGCUCUGCAUGGACACCUCUUACGAAUCCUAACCAGGCGAAGCUGAUUCCACGACUGAUUAUGAACUUUGGAGCGAGAGAUCCGCAGAUCUGCGCGACGGCUUUGGUGAAUGGUGUUUCGGCGACGGAAGAUGCGCAUGGCAAGAUUAUGCAGGACUUUGACACUGCUGAGUAUCCUCCUUUUAUGGUGAGGAAGAGUGGGCGUGCGGCUCAGGCGCGUGUUUGGGAGGAGACGAGGGAGGAGCUUGAGGCGAAGGUUCCGGAGGUCAAGGCCAUCUUUGACAUGCUGGACCAGUAA